UAUCACUCUCAUUCCACCUCUCUGUACCAAACCCUAGAUUUGCUCUUAACUAGUUCGUGCUUUCUGCUAUUGCAUAAGCUAUGCACAAAGAUCAACUCCUCCUCCUCCUCCUCCUUAUUCUACAUCCGUGUUUUAGUAUCCCCCUCGAAAUUAAUCGAUGUACCACCUCUUGUGGUGAGGUCACAAACAUAAGUUACCCAUUUCGAAUGAAGGGCGACCCGAAGGGCUGCGGCGACCGUAACUUUGAGCUAGCCUGCAUAAAUAACCGUGCCGUCCUAGAUUGGAAAUUGGGCCAGUACUAUGUACACUCCAUCAACUAUAACAACUACACGAUUACGGUCGCCGAUGUGGGGUUGCGGAAAGGAAAUUGCUCGUCUCUUCCUCUCCGCUCUCUCUCUUCUGCCGACUUCAACUACGUCCCGGAUUGGUAUUAUCGCCCGAGAUACGCAGUUGCAAUUGCGGUGAUCGUGGGCUGCAUGAAUGCUGUCAAUUCUCCGCUUUACAUCGACACUUCGUCGUGCCUUGAUGGGCUUCCAUUUUCGAAUUUCUCUAGCACGGGAAGGCGAUUAUAUGCCAUGGUCGAUCCGAAUGUCUCGUCUGUGGAAACUGCAUGCACUAUAGAGUUUAUGGCAGUGAUAGGUUGGUGGCCGGUUGAUGGCAAUGAUCUUCGUUCCUAUGCACAAAUUCACGAACUUAUGGUUGAUGGGUUCCAGCUUUCAUGGUAUCCUGGCAGGAAGAAAGAUCUGGAGCUCGUGGCCUCGCGAGUCAGCGUCGAGCGAAGCCUCGUCUCGCUGGAUCUGGCGAGGCCGGCGAUGCGAGAUUUGGCCUCGCCCAAGGCUGGUGAGCUCAGGCCGAGCCUCGCCGGAUCUGGCGAUUCGAAGCCUUGCUCGAGGCCGGCGAGGCUUGGCCUGAGCUUGCCGCCUCGGGCGUGCCGGGGCGAGGUUCAGCUUGAUUGUGGCCGGUCGCCGUGGCCGGCAACUGGCUGGUGA